AUGUCAUCCCCGUCCACCUCCUGGCGAUCGGUUAACGAUCGUCGCCCGGUUCGUCAUCGCUUAUCUCUUGUGCCGAAAGCAUCUUCGAGCGACAACACCGCGAGUGCUUUCGGCGUUUCGCAGCGGAUUUUGAUCACCGGAUCGACACGUGGCUUGGGAUUUGAGUUGGCGAGAAGCUUCCUUGCCCGCGGCGACAAGGUGUUCGUCACCUCUCGCGACGCCGCUAAGGUUAGCGAUGCCGUGGCGACGCUCAGGGAGACAUUCGGAAACGAUUCCGUCGCAGGUCUCGAGGCGGACGUGUCGAAGGCGGCGAGCGUCGAGGCGAUGGCGAACGCUUGCGUAGACGCUUUCGGCGGCGUUGACGUUUGGAUCAACAAUGCAGGAUCGAACGGGUACAAGUACGACAACCUGGAGGAGGCUGACCCGUCUGUCUUGGAGGAGGUGGUGUUGACAAACUCUCUCGGUUCGCUGCUUUGCACAAGGCAGGCGAUCAAGACGAUGCGAAAGACGUCCGGGAGAGGCCACAUCUUCAACAUGGAGGGAGCAGGCUCCGAUGGAAGCGCGACGCGUAAAUUUGCGGCGUAUGGUCACACCAAGGCUGGCAUGGCGCAGCUCUCGAAGACAAUGGCGGAGGAACUGAAGGAUAUUCCCAUCGGCGUGCACACCAUCAGCCCGGGGAUGGUGUUCACGGAGCUCAUCUCGAGCGGACGCUACGCGUUUGGGAGUCAAGGGCGCUUAUUUGUGAACGCUUUGGCUGAACCGGCUGAUUCAACCGCCGAGCUCAUUGUGGAGAAGCUCAAGGAGGCGACAGAAAGCCCAGACUCGGUGAACAGGACAAUCGCCAUCAAGAUUCUGACGCCGGACGUUGCGCUCAGGAAAAUGUUUGGUCGUUUUGUGCUUGGCGAAAACAAGGAUCGUUAUUAUCCCGAGGCCGAUUGA